CAAACCAAAAAGAUUUUCUGUUUUGAUCCCUCAUCAUUUGCUCUCCUCUUAAUCUAAAAUUCUCUCUCUUAGUGCUUGAAUAUGGGAUUUGGAGAACUUUUGAUUCGAAGCUACGACGCCGAAGUUGAUAGAUUGCAAGUGGAAGAUCUGGAGAGAAGAUGUGAGGUAGGUCCAGCCCAGCGAGUGUUUCUCUUCACGGAUACUUUGGGUGACCCCAUUUGCAGAAUCCGGAACAGUCCCAUGUAUAUCAUGCUGGUUGCGGUAUUGGAUAACGAGCUGGUUGGUGUCAUUCAGGGCACGAUAAAGCUGGUAACGCUGCAUAAACCUCCCAGGGACCUAGCCAAGAUGGGAUAUGUCUUGGGUUUAAGGGUUGCACCGGUUCACCGGAGACGAGGGAUUGGCUUGAAGCUAGUGCUGAAGCUAGAAGAAUGGUUUAAUGAAAAUGACGUUGAUUACACCUACAUGGCCACUGAGAAAGAUAAUCAGGCCUCUGUUAACCUCUUUACGAAGGUUGGCUACAUCAAGUUUCGAACUCCAUCCAUCCUUGUAAACCCAGUUAGCAAACGAAUGUACCAUCUCUCAUCAACGGUUGAGAUAGAAAAGUUAAGGGAAGAGGAAGCGGCGGCAGUGUACAGGAGAUUCAUGCAGUCCACAGAGUUGUUCCCGCAAGAUAUAGAUAAUAUUCUGAGGAACAAGCUGAAUUUGGGGACAUGGGUGGCUUACCCUAGAGGGGAAUCGUGGGAUAAUUUGGGUUCAACAAAUGGACAAUUCCCGAGUAGUUGGGCAAUGCUAAGUGCAUGGAACAGUGGGGAGCUUUUCAAAUUAAGGUUAGGAAAAGCACCAACUUCUUGCUUCAUGUACACCAAAAGUUGUAUAUUGAUGGAUAAGUUGCUUCCAAGCUGCUUCAAGCUCCCAGACAUACCGGAUUUUUUUCAUCCGUUCGGGUUGUUCUUCAUCUACGGAUUGCAUCAGGAAGGAGCGGCGUCUGGGAAGCUGAUGCGGACCCUAUGCAAAUUUGUGCACAACUUGGCCAUAAAGUCGUCAAAGGACUGCAAGGUUAUUGUUACGGAAGUUGGAGGAGGUGACAGCGUGAGACUUCAUAUCCCACAUUGGAAAUUACUCUCUUUUCCUGAUGAUUUGUGGUGCAUAAAAGCCUUGAAAUGUGAAGACAAGCCACAAAAUAUCUAUGAUUUGAGCAAAAUACCAUCAUUAGGGACACUUUUUAUCGACCCAAGAGAGGUAUAAUGUCCCUUAAUUAUUAAUAGAAAUUAAUAUCCCUGCGUCUAAGUGUUAGCACCAAGUUCAUUUGUUUAAGUACUUCCAACUUCCAAGUUUUAUUUGAGCACAACAGGAGGAAAAUUUACCUUUUUUCUCUAGACAAGAAGAAGAAGAAGAAGAAGAAGAAGAAGGAAAGCAAGAUUCCCUGAUACAUGCUCUUUUUUAUUUGUAUUAAUCUUUUGAUAUCAAAAAAAUCACAUUAAAUUUU